AUGAUUCCUCAAGUAGCCUUGUAUUUUCUCUUUAUUGGCACUUGGUUCAUUCAACUCUUAACUCUGAUCAUUCUUUCCAUUUUCAAGACAUUAAAUUUCUCUUCCUAUCCCUUCCUCAUUGUAGUUCUUUAUUCCAUAUCAUCACUGUGCUAUGACUUGGCCUUUAUUUUGACAAAACCAAUUCCGAUGAAUAUUUCUUUCUUGAAUCGAACAUUGGAUAAAAUCAUGGUUCGACAAGGACAUUAUGAAUUAUUUAUCUACAUGACUAGCACCAUCAUUACAGCAAUUUGUGAUUAUUAUAUUUAUUAUCAUGUCAUGAUGGAUCGUGAGAGUGAACGAAUUCAUUCCGAUGAUUCAAACAAGUUGACUAAUUUUUCAUCAUCAUUGAGAGAACAAGAGCAUUUGAAUUCAAAUGUUCAUCUUUCCUCAAGAAAUUGUAGAUUUCAAAUAUUGACAUUCAUUCGACUGUUAUUAAUGAGUAGUUUUGCAUUAGUUGUCAAUAUUUAUGGAUGCUAUUUAUUGUUCAACACUGCCUAUAAGAAUUCGAUAUUCAUUCGAAUAUUACCAUUACCUCAUGUGAUACUUCACAUUCUAUUUUAUGGUAUGAAAAUGAUGAAUUAUUGUAGAACAAGUCUCAGCUCAACUCGAGAAGUUGAUCAAAGUCAUCAUCAUCCUAUGAAAAAACUAAAUUGA